AUGGGCUGUCACAACACUGAACCAGGAAUCCAGGCACAGACAACACAGAAACCCACUGACCCAGUUCUGAGGGCUGGUGGUGACAUUUGGACGCCGCUCCUAACCGCUCCCCCCACCCAAUUUCCAAACAUUUGUCCCAUUCACGGAGCCAUGACUGAAUCCUCUGAGUUCAAGCCCUUCGCGGCACAGCUGUCCAAUGUUUACCUCACCAUCUUGGCGCUGUUCUGCUUCAAGCUCUUCGUCAGAAUCACGCUGAACCUACUGACGUACUUCUAUAUAAUCAGGGGGAACCGUAAAGAAGCGGCCAGAAUAUCCGCAGAGUUCUACGAUUCUGGCCAAGGACAGAGGCCAUGGGUAGAUAGGACACCCCUCCAUGACGCAGCCUAUCACGGAAGACUGCUCUGUCUUAAGACCCUCAUCUUUCAGGGUCACAGUGUGAAUGCCCUGACGAUAGACCACGUGAGCCCUCUUCAUGAAGCCUGUAUUGGCAACCAUGUUUCCUGUGCACGGGCCCUCAUUGAUGCUGGUGCCAAUGUGAAUUUGAGCACCAUAGAUGGCGUUACGCCCCUGUUGAACUCGGUCAUUGUGGGCAGUGUGGGAUGUGCGGAGUCCCUCCUGGAGAGCGGGGCAAGACCCCAGGCCGCCGCCACCUGUCAGCCCUCCCCCCUUCAUGAGGCAUGUGCCCGAGGUCACAUUAAGUGUGUGGAAGCCCUGAUUACCUGGGGGGCGGAUGUGGACAUGGACCUGCCUGCCAGCGGGACACCUCUCUACACCUCAUGCCGUACUAGGCACCCCUUGUGUGCCAAGAGACUGCUGGAUGCAGGAGCAGACGUUCAGCUGGGCACGGCGAUGGACACACCGCUACACAUGGCUGCAGAGAGGGACUGCACUGAGCUUGUGCAGCUCCUGCUGGAGUUUGGGGCCGACGCCAACGUGAGAAACGCGGAGUUCAAGAGGCCUGUUGAGUCAGCGCCACCCGGCAGUCUCACUGAAGGCUUUCUGCUUGUGUAUGAGGCUACCCCACGUAUCUUGAGCCAUUUGUGCCGUCAGCGAAUCAGAGAAUGUGCUGGUCGCCAGAGACUUCACCUGCUCCCCAGCCUGCCUCUUCCUAAAGCUCUCAGAAACUUUGUGUGCUUCAGAUAGUGACACCAGUUCUGCUGCUGGACCCCAAAGUAGCCUUUGGUGCCAUAGAUGUUUGGUUCCCCAAAAGCACUUUCCCAUGCAUGCAUUUUUGAAUGUGUGUUCUUAUCAAGUUCAUUUCAGCAUCUAUGUUGCUUUAAUAAAACUUCAUAAAAUCUAUUAACAAUUAAAAAGUAUAGGCUACAUAGGCCUCCUUUCUUAAUCUUUGAGCAUAGGCUAUAGCCAAAGAAUGUAACUAUAGCACUGCUACUACAAUAACAAUGCUACUACAAUAACACUGCCAUAAUGCCAACUACAAACCUCUGGAGACUUUUCAACGUUUGUAUUCCAAGCCAGAGGUGGCAGUAAAAGGGUUUUCUGGCGCCAAAUCCUUGAGGCCCGAUGGAAGUCCGUUGUCAUAGAGAUGUAAACAAUAAAGUCUAAACUCUCACCC